CGCCAUUUUUGCUGCUAGGGUUAACGGCUCGUACGGGUCGGUGCUCGGGGAUCUACCCGUGACCCGACACCGCUGUUAUCAUGUCCGAUUUUGAUAGUAACCCGUUUGCGGACCCGGAUCUGAAUAACCCUUUCAAGGAUCCAUCAGUUACACAGGUGACCAGAAAUGUUCCUCCUGGAUUAGAAGAGUAUAAUCCUUUCUCCGACUCUAAAACGCCUCCUCCACCCCAAGUGAAAAUGCCGACUCCUGCACCCAGCACACAGCCAGCUAUAAUGAAACCAACUGAGGAAUCUCCAGCAUACAAUCAAAUUGCAAAGGAACAUGCUUUGGCCCAGGCAGAACUCCUCAAACGGCAGGAAGAACUCGAGAGAAAAGCAGCCGAACUCGAUCGCAGGGAACGGGAGAUUCAAAGCCUCAAUCAAUCAGGAGGAAGGAAGAAUAACUGGCCGCCUGUACCUGAAAACUUCCCGGUAGGGCCUUGUUUUUAUCAGGACUUUUCCGUAGAUAUCCCUGUGGAAUUUCAGAAGACUGUAAAGAUUAUGUACUACCUAUGGAUGUUCCAUACUGUCACGCUCUUUGUAAAUGUCUUUGGUUGCUUGGCGUGGUUCUGUGUCGAUACCAGCCGAGGAGUUGAUUUUGGAUUAGCCAUCCUGUGGUUCUUGCUUUUCACCCCAUGCUCGUUCGUUUGUUGGUACAGACCACUGUAUGGAGCGUUCAGGAGCGACAGUUCUUUCAGGUUCUUUGUGUUCUUCUUUGUAUACAUCUGCCAGUUCGGUGUGCAUGUGAUGCAGGCCGCAGGAUUCCAAGGAUGGGGAAACUGUGGAUGGAUUUCUGCACUAACCGGGCUCAACAAAAAUAUUCCUGUUGGAAUAAUGAUGAUCAUAAUUGCCGCCCUCUUCACAGCCUCUGCGGUGAUUUCCAUAGUGAUGUUUAAAAAGGUCCAUGGGCUUUACCGGACAACAGGUGCCAGCUUUGAAAAGGCCCAGCAGGAAUUUGCGACGGGGGUGAUGUCUAACAAGACCGUGCAGACUGCAGCAGCUAACGCAGCCACCACAGCAGCCAGCAGCGCUGCCCAAAAUGCUUUCAAGGGUAACCAGAUGUAAAGGAAGCAUCUGCAGCAACCACGACCACUGUCGGCUGUCACAGUCAUUCUAUUUAUCAGAUUAAUUUUUACUAAAAUCCUCUAAAGACAAA